UAUCUAUUUAAUCCAGUGAUACACCAUUUAUAUACUCUUCAUUAAACCUUUGUGAAAUCAUAAUUGAAUGACAAUCCUCAUAACAAUAAGCAAUUGAAAAACAAAACUUACUCCAUAAAGCCUCUUGUUUAGUGUUGGUGGUUGUAUCUCUCUUCUUCUGUUUUUGUUUCCCUGGUUGUUUUCAGUCACAAGUUUGACUGAAUAUUCACCAAUUUAUUUUAAUUAUGGUCAGUCUUUAUCAACUGUUAUGUAUAUUACUUCUCUCAUCAACAUGUUUAAUUGAAAGUGCACCAACAGAACCGUCUGGUUCAUGUUUAUCCUGUGAAAAAUUGGUUCAGUUUUCAAGGAAACUCUCCGAUUCACUUAAAAACCAAGACGUACGAAAAAAUGUCGCAAAAUGGUGCGUUGAUUCAAACCUUGGCGAUAAUCUUGCAAUGUGCGACUUCGUUCUCAAUAAUACGGAAUCUGUUUUGAGUAAAGUGGAUUCAAAUCGCUUUUGUUUUGGAAUUGAAGCUUGUCACUCACACCAUUUACCUCUUAUAGAAACCGAUGCUAGCAAUUCACCAAUCGAGUGUGAGUUUUGUCUUAACACAUUGACCCACAUCAAGGAAAUUGUCUCAUCUCCUGCCACUGCAAAUGAAAUUAAAUCUGUUUUGUCUACUGGCUGUGAAAGUCUUAAGGAACUCAAAGAUGAGUGUCUCAAACUUAUCGACGAAGAAUUGGACUCUAUUUUCAAAUUUGUUCGUGAAUCAUUUGACCCAAAGCAGCUUUGCAUUGAAACUCACUCUUGUCCUUCUCGAAAGUUUAACAUCCCUUCAAUCGAUAACAAAUUACCAGAAUUAACUGACUUCGUUAAUAUAGUUCCUCCAAGUCUUUCAACGCCUGUUGUCUUACAAAAAGGACCUGUUGCUGUUUCAACGACACCCCAAUGUUUAGUUUGCCAUCUUAUCUUUAAAAUAAUUGGUAAAGAACUGGAAAAAAACAGUACAGUUGAAGAAAUUGAAAAAAUUCUUGAUGACGUCUGUUCUAAAAUUUUCAAAGAUGAAUCCAAAGCUACUGAAUGUCAAGAACGAGUUGACAAAUAUGCCAAACAAAUUAUUGAUUUAGCAUCUUCAGGAGCAAGUGCUGAAGUUGCCUGUCUUAUUAUUGGUGCUUGUGAGGCUGGUGAAACUAGCGGUAAAAUAGUCAAAAAUCCGGUUGCCAAACCUAAAUCAGCCCUUGAAUGUGAAUUAUGCAAAAAAUUAUUUGAAUACCUGUACAACUUUGUCGGGGGAGAUCGAGCUCAAGUAGAAAUUGAAAAAGCUUUAGAUAAAGUUUGUGACAAAGUUUUCUCAGGUGCCCAAUCCGCUACUUGUGAGAAAUAUGUAAAAACUUAUACUCCUGUAAUCACUAAAAUCAUAAUCCAAACAACCAACCCCGAUGAGGCUUGCAGUUUGUUCAAGUUAUGUGAUGCCUCUAUUGAAAGUGCCGAAACAAACACCCCAUUGAUUACACUCAUUUCCAAAUCCAUCCCCAAGACUGGAUCAAGCUCUAUUUGCGAUGUAUGUAAAGCUGAUCUUAAGGCUAACUUGGUUCAAAUUCAAUCUGUAAGAAGCUAUUAUGGCCCUCGAUUAGACUCAACUUGUCGUUCACUCCAACAAUCCAAAGAUUUUUGCUCAUCUUACCAAAAAACCAUCAAUGCUACUUUUGACAUUUUAGAGAAAAAUUCUGACCCAGUUGCUGCUUGUACCUUUUUCGGAGCUUGCUCGUCAGGUAUCAGGACUGGUAAAAGUGUUUUCACUGGAGAACGAGAAAAUUCAAUCACAGCAAAUUCUGAUCAAAACUCUGUAAACAAAAAUGUUGAAGGAGUUAAAGGUGUUAUUUGUUCAGAGUGUAAAGCAAUAACCCGCUACAUUGAAGAACAAGUUUCUGAUUAUAAGACUGAAGAGGAGAUAGCAGAAUUCAUUAAGAAUGAUGUUUGCGGUCGACUUCCUAAUCCUGGCCUUAAAGAAACUUGUAAAUCAUUCAUGGAGCAAUAUGGAGAUACAUUUAUUUACAAAAUUGCUCUCAAAAUAUUUGAUCCUGAAAUGGUUUGCUCCAAAGAGUUUAGAGUUUGCCCAUCUUUAUCAUCAAUUGACGAUAAAUCAGACAUUGAAAUGAUAAAUGAUGCUGUCGGAUCAACUUGCAAUUUAUGUGUUGACAUGGUCUCAAAAAUUGAAUCACUUGAACCAUCAUCAAACUUAACUGGCCAUGGACUUAUAAGCCAAAUCUGUACUCAAUUCAAUUCUCAAGAAAGCAUUGAAAAGUGUAAAGUCAUGUACGACGCUUUUGGUGCUCAUUUUGCUCAAAUGAUAAACUUCGACUCUCCCCAGAAAAUCUGUUCAUCUGUAGACAUCUGCUAUAAUAAUGAAAAUGUUCAUUUACUUGGUGGACAAAAAUGCACCUUUGGACCUGCAUAUUGGUGUCACACCUCCGAUCAUGCCAAUGCUUGUAAAGCAAUGAAUUACUGUAAGAAAAAGGUCUGGAAAGCAAUUGAAGAAAAGGAUGUUAAAGACACUCCUCAAUGUGUUCUUUGUCACCUUCUUCUUAACAUCGUUGACAAAGAGCUCGAAAAGAACAGCACUGUUGAAGAGAUUGAAGGUAUUCUUGAUAAUGCCUGUUCCAAAAUUUACAAGGACCACGUUAAAUUAACAGAAUGUAAAGAUCGAGUUGAAAAGUAUACCAAAAGUUUCAUUGAUUUGGCCACUCAAGGUGUUGCUCCUGAAGUUGCAUGUAUCAUCUUUGGUUUCUGUCAAGCUGGUGAAGAUACACAAGGAGUCGCUUGUUUACGAAAUGAAAAAAUUUCCUGUCCUCUGUGUAAAGAAGUGAUUGAAAAGGUUUACGCAUCUCUAUCAGAAAACAAAACUCGAGAAGAGAUCGACCAAGCACUUGAAAAUGCCUGUAAUCUUAUGCCUGAAACUCAAAAGCAAGCUUGUUUAGUUUACGUCAAAGUUUAUGAUGAGAAACUUGCUCAACUUAUUGCUGAAGCUGCUGACGCUGAUGAAGUUUGCCGUAAAAUUGGCCUUUGCUCUGAGCAAGCUGAUGAAAUAAUUGAAUCGAAAACCGCUCCUGAUCCUGAAUGUAUUCUUUGUAAACGAGUUUUCGAAUACAUUUACUCCUAUUUACAAGAAAAUCGAACCGAAGAUGCUAUUGCAGAUGCUUUAGAUAAAGUUUGUGAUGAUAUUUUCCCCGCUUCUCGUAAAAAGAUGUGCCGUAAAUUCGUCGAUACUUACACAUCCCAAAUAAUCGACAUUGUUUUACAGACAACUGACCCAAAUGAGGCCUGUGUUCUUCUUGGUAUGUGUAAACAGUCAACUAAGUACACUGCUGAAAUUGAUGAGGUUGAAGAAAUAGUUGAAAUUGUUCCUUUAACUCGCCUUGGACCCAAAGCAAAACCUCUUGGUAAUUCAGCUGCUGACUGUGUCAAGUGUUACAAAGACACAGCAGCUAUUUCAACUAUAUUUGACGAUGAAAUCAGCACUUUAUCUGCAGUUAUAACAAACGCUUGUGCUGAAUAUCUGAAAGAUGAGGCUAAAUGUAAAAAUUAUAUGGCAACCUAUUUUGAUCAAGCUCUUUCUGCUUUGGAUAAGGAAACAAAUGUUGAAUAUAUUUGUCAAAAUGUUUUACAAGUUUGCCCACCUGAUACCGUUGAACGGGAAAAUUCAAUUGAGAGAGAAAUGACUGAUAAAAACGAGAUUGAAGUCGAAGGAAGACCAAGAGUUGCAUGCGCUGAAUGUGAACUUUUUGCCAAACUCAUUCAAUCACGUAUUUACAACUACAAGACUGAAGAGGAGAUUACAAAUUUUAUUAAGAAUGAUGUUUGUUCAAAUUUUAUUACUGAAGGACUUAGAAGCUCGUGUAGGUCUUUCGUUAAUGAAUAUGGAGACUCGAUCAUUCAGAUGAUUGCUUUGAAAGUUUUUGAUCCUCAAACCAUUUGUGCUAAAGAACUGAGACUUUGCUCUUCAACUGAAUUUGAUUUUAUCGAUAAAAAAGUUGAAGAAACCUGUAAAUUAUGUAUCGAAAUGGUUUCCAAAAUGGAAUCACAGUCAAAUCCAGAUUCAAAAUCAAUCUGUUCUCAAUACCAAUCAAACGAGAAAAAUCAGAAGUGUCAAAGUAUUUAUGGUGCUUUUGGUGGACACUUUUCAUCAAUGAUUGCCUUCGAUUCAGCUGAAAAAAUUUGUGAAGUCGUUGAUCUCUGUUACAGUAUUUCCAAUCAUCAUUUAUUAGGAGGACAAAAGUGCUCUUUUGGACCAACAUAUUGGUGUAAUACUAAGGCUCAUGCUGAUGCCUGUAAUGCUUCUGAUUACUGUCGCAAAAAGGUCUGGAUGCCAAUUGAAUAAGUCUGGUCAACAUGUUAAACUACUUCAACCAGCAUUAAAAACUUUUGGUCACAAUAAAAUACGAUUGACCAAUCUUUUCUAGUUUACAGCCAAUUUUUUCUAUCAUUUCUCCCCAAAAUCUAUGCAAAACAAUUUGAAUGGCUGGUCAAUCAUCAGUAUUCAAAUGAAUAACUACAAUCAAUAACUUUCUUUUAGACAAAUUAUUGAUUUCCUACUCUAUUAAACUGUACUCUUGAAUGAAAAGU